AUGAGCACGAAUUUACGUGGCACGAUGGGCAAAGGAGAACCAGAUCAUGCCACGCUAUCAAACAAACAAUCUCGCAAUAAUAGUAUGUUUUGUAUUCCAAAAUUACAAAUGAAAAAGUCAAAUUUUGGCAAUAAUCCAAAUUCUUCUACCAGAAAACAAGAACUUAAGCAAAUGAACUCAAUGAACCUAUCAAGCAUGCAGAAAAAAUCAUUUCUUACAGAAUUAACAGUUCCAGCAAAACAAGUCAAAAAUAAUCAACUUUCUUAUUCACAACCUGUGCACAGAACUCCCAAAAAGAAAAAUCCCGAUGAUAUACCUUUAUUUGAUGACGAUACUCAAGAUAAUAACGAUGACUUUUUACCAAAUCUACCUUCUCUACAAAUGAAGCCUUCAACAGUUAGAUCACGAUCCAAACAAAUCAUAUCUAUUAACGAGUUUGAUCCUAAUUCACCAAGAACAAUUAAUGAAGAAUUAUCUCUUCAAGCUAUGGAUAUAUUAGGUAUUCAAAUGAGCGAAUUAUGCUAUCCUACUAACGAAGAAUUACUUCCAUAUUCUCAUGAUGAUACUUUAUUAAGUGUUGCCACUCAAAGAUUAAAUCGAAGGGCAGAGUCAGCGAUUCAAGCAGUAAAAGAUGAACGAGAUUCAAUAAUACGUUUACGAGACUACCAAGAAUCCCAAAUUGAGGUUGAUUCUAUGAAAGCUCGAGAAGCUUUAACAACUCUUUCAAUUGCAGCGGCAAAAGGUGCUCAAAAGAUCGCAAAAGAUGCAGCAGAAGAAAAACUACUACAAGCAAUUGCUGAUCUUAAAGAUCAGAAGCAAAAAGAAUUAGAUUAUCAAAAAUUCCUUCAAAAAGAAGAAGAAAGAAGGAAAGAGCUUGAAGAAAAACACAGAUACGAAGCAGAGAGAAACAAAUUAUUACAACAACGAGCCGAAACUCGUCAAAAAGAAAAAAAUGAAUUUGUAAAUAAUUAUUUCCAAAAUCAAGAGCGAAAAGCGCAAUAUUUAGCAGACAAGCGUGCAGAAGAUGAAGAGAAUCGUCGCCAAAGAGCAAUAGAAACUAAUCUAGACAUAGAAAGAAAGCUCGCAAACGCUGAAAAAAUUCAUACACAAAAAGUGGAAAACCUUAAAAAGAAAUUACAAGAAGAAGAGCAAAAAGCAGCUGAAACUGCGGAAUUCUUAGUAUAUACACAGGAUAUGAAGCAAAGGGAACUUGCUGAGAAGAAUGCAGCUGAAGAACAGGAGAAAAAGCGAAGAAUCGAAAUUAUUAAAAAGAACAUGGAAGAAAUCACCGAAAAGAAGCGUCAAGCAACAAUCCAGAACAUGCAGAAGAAGGAGGAAUUGUUCAAUCAGCGGAGAGAAGAGAAAAUACAGUAUCUCCAGCAGCAAAAAGAAAUAAAUGAAAAGAAAUCAGAAGAACACAAAAAAGAAAGAGAAAGAAAAGCUUAUGAAAAGCAAAAGAUCAAAGAAAAGAACUUGGAAAUGGCUGAAUCAAAAGCUGUCAUUACUUUGCAACAGGUUGCUGAAGAAAAGAAUAAAACAAUUUCGAUUAAUUCCGCAAUAGAAAAACUCAAAGCGGAAGAUGUAAAAUUGGCUGCAGAAAGGCAAGAAAAAAGAAGAUUGUCGCAACUGAGAGAACUGGAAGAAAUAAACAGGAAGAGAGAAAUAAGAGCUUCUAAAUUGGCAAAAGAGAAACAGAAACUGAGAGAACAAGGUGACAGAGAAAGAAUGCAGACUUCAUUCCAGUUCUCUGAUAUGUUGAAUCAAGGAAAUAAAAACGAGUUUAGAGGUAAAUCUGAGGAAGAAUUACGUCAAAUGGCAAGAGAUCUUGGUUUGGAUUAUGAUGCUAUUGCUGCAAAAUUAGAAAGAAGAGGUCGUCAAAAAUAA